AUGACUACGGGAUCCAUUCUCUUAGUCCGACACAAAUGGACUCGGCGGCGAGCCAACUUCCACGUGGCAGACAUCGGGAUCGCCGGUGUGAGCCGGCUGUUCAACAGUGGGAUCCACCGGGGCCGCCGCCUCAUCUGGGCCGUCGUGCUCCUCGCUUCCCUCGCCCUCACCAUCGCCCAGAUCUCGGACCGACUGAGGUGA